AUGGCCUUCACGGCCCUCUGGCUGGAAAGGGUGAGUGUACUGAACACAUAGAGAAAAAAUAGUUGUCAUAUGUAAGCUAGACCUUUGUCUUCGGCAGAAGAGGGUAAAAUAAUAUUACUUAAUAUUUUGAAAUCUAAAGUUGUCAAAAAUAGUUGAUGAACACAGUUGUUCAUGUGGACUGGUGCCCAUUGCAUGCCUAAACAUGCACCCAACAGUUUCCUGACACACACACACACACACACACACACAACUGUCCUCUCAGUUUAGUGUCUCUUCAUGUUAUCAGCCUCACAUCACUGCAUGCUUUGAUGCUGGUGAUCCAGCUCUGAUGCCCCUCCCUGUCUCCUACCUCAGUCAGACACCUGCAGUAUUAUGGGUCUUAGAGUGGUGUCUGUCUGUGUAAUUAGACCAUUCAAAUUAGAGGGCUGUCCAAAUGGCGGGCAAUCAGUAUUUAAGCAUCUGUACUGGCCUGGGUGUCAGAGUGGGACUCUGCGUUUUCAAUGUUCCCAUGGGAAAAGUGAGGCACACUUGGGGCUGUGACCGUCAUGGAUUUUUGGAUGAUGGUAAUUGGCCAGCCAAAUGACUGCGGUCACCGUAAUAACCGUUUGAAUAGCCAUAUAUAUAUAUAUAUAUAUAUAUAUAUAUACACAUACAGUGGGGAGAACAAGUAUUUGAUACACUGCCGAUUUUGCAGGUUUUCCUAUUUACAAAGCAUGUAGAGGUCUGUAAUUUUUAUCAUAGGUACACUUCAACUGUGAGAGACGGAAUCUAAAAAAAAUCCAGAAAAUCACAUUGUAUGAUUUUUAAGUAAUUCAUUUGCAUUUUAUUGCAUGACAUAAGUAUUUGAUACAUCAGAAAAGCAGAACUUAAUAUUUGGUACAGAAACCUUUGUUUGCAAUUACAGAGAUCAUACGUUUCCUGUAGGUCUUGACCAGGUUUGCACACACUGCAGCAGGGAUUUUGGCCCAUUCCUCCAUACAGACCUUCUCCAGAUCCUUCAGGUUUCGGGGCUGUCGCUGGGCAAUACGGAAUUCACUCAAGAUUUUUUUGGUUCAGUCGGGACUCCACUCCAGGAUGAGAUGCUUUUUGAGCCACUCCUUAUUGGGUUCGUUUCGGGCAUGUAGUACAGGUCAUGCCUCUCCGUGUAACACGGCGCUUGUAAAUGUAACGCCAAGUAGUGGGUUCGAUCCCCGGGACCACCCAUACACAAAAAAAAAAAAAAAAAAAAAAAAACUGUAUGACACGACAUGACUGUAAGUCUGCUUUGGAUAAAAAGCGUCAUGCUAAAUGGCAUAUAUUUUAUAUAUAUCUGCUGGAAGACCCAGCCACGACCCCAUCUUCAAUGCUCUUACUGAGGGAAGGAGGUUUGUGGCCAAGAUCUCGCGAUACAUGGCCCCAUCCAUCCUCCCCUCAAUACGGUGCAGUCGUCCUGUCCCCUUUGCAGAAAAGCAUCCCCACAGAAUGAUGUUUCCACCUCCAUGCUUCACGGUUGGGAUGGUGUUCUUGGGGUUGUACUCAUCCUUCUUCUUCCUCCAAACACAGCGAGUGGAGUUUAGACCAAAAAGCUAUAUUUUUGUCUCAUCAGACCACAUGACCUUCUCCCAUUCCUCCUCUGGAUCAUCCAGAUGGUCAUUGGCAAACUUCAGACGGGCCUGGACAUGCGCUGGCUUGAGCAGGGCGACCUUGCGUGCGCUGCAGGAUUUUAAUCCAUGACGGCGUAGUGUGUUACUAAUGGUUUUCUUUGAGACUGUGGUCCCAGCUCUCUUCAGGUCAUUGACCAGGUCCUGCCGUGUAGUUCUGGGCUGAUCCCUCACCUUCCUCAUGAUCAUUGAUGCCCAACGAGGUGAGAUCUUGCAUGGAGCCCCAGACCGAGGGUGAUUGACCGUCAUCUUGAACUUCAUCCAUUUUCUAAUAAUUGCGCCAACAGUUGUUGCCUUCUCACCAAGCUGCUUGCCUAUUGUCCUGUAGCCCAUCCCAGCCUUGUGCAGGUCUACAAUUUUAUCCCUGAUGUCCUUACACAGCUCUCUGGUCUUGGCCAUUGUGGAGAGGUUGGAGUCUGUUUGAUUGAGUGUGUGGACAGGUGUCUUUUAUACAGGUAACGAGUUCAAACAGGUGCAGUUAAUACAGGUAAUGAGUGGAGAACAGGAGGGCUUCUUAAAGAAAAACUAACAGGUCUGUGAGAGCCGGAAUUCUUACUGGUUGGUAGGUGAUCAAAUACUUAUGUCAUGCAAUAAAAUGCAAAUUAAUUACUUAAAAAUCAUACAAUGUGAUUUUCUGGAUUACGUCUCUCACAGUUGAAGUGUACCUAAGAAAAAAAUGACAGACCUCUACAUGCUUUGUAAGUAGGAAAACCUGCAAAAUCGGCAGUGUAUCAAAUACUUGUUCUCCCCACUGUAUUUAUUUUUGUUAAGCACAUUUUCUCCUCUCCUCCGCUCCGGUCUGUAUUUGCUGCCAUAGAAAUAGAAUGAACAGAACCGGCAUCCCCAUUCAAGUCAAUGAUGACAUAAUGGAUGGAAUAAUGGAUGGACUGGCAGCCAUUGCGAUUGUACCAAUAGGAGCAAAGCAGCAAGUAAAGUAUCUGCUCAAAUAUGUGCUGUGAUUCGUUGAUUCAACUCAACUGACAUUCCAUUGCAUGAGCCACAUCAGUAACAUGAUUUGAAUGCAAAUUUGCAAUAAUUUCCAUGGUAAUGUUCAUCACAAUACCAGGCAGCCAUAGAUGCGGUAAAGGAGUCAAUGGAAAUCAGACGUUCCAUUGACCAAAUUGGCGCACAUCCAACAAAUCUGAUAUAACAAACAGUGUCAUGGAUGCCAAGGGAAGCCAGGCUUCCCCAAACAUUUGACAAAUAAAAAAAGACAAAUUAUAAAAUAAUUAAUAUUUUGUCUCUGUGUUUUCAUAAUUUUCAGUCAAUUCGCAAGUGGCUGAAUCUCACUGGAGAAGUCAUCCGAACGAGGGGAAAAAGCACCCCUCUGUCUCAGUAUGUGUAUUUGACGCUGUCUGGAACAAAAGAUUAUGACAUGUUGCUGCCCUAGAAUUUGAUUGAUUGAUGCCAGCAAGCAUUAUGCCUCACUGAUCAUUUUUUAAAUAAAAUAAUUAGCCAAUCAGUGUUGAGCUGAGCUCAACUGUGGGUUGUCCUGGCGCAGCAAAACUCCCCCCAAGGGAGGCCAGUUUGGAUUUGGCUUCACACCAAUCAAAUCUCAUUCUAAGCAAAACGUCAUAAUUGUCAGACAAAUGUGUCUGUUUCUGGUCUGCUUGAGUUGAUGUCCUGCAGUAGCUAGCUUGCUAAAUCGGCCCUUUCCUAAGCCAUAGAUGGAGAUGUGGAUUUGGACUUGUGGUUUUGACUUAAGUCUCUGUACAGGCCAAUGAUUAUGAUGGCGAUUCUGAUCUUACCAUAAAUUCACAUAAUGUUCCACUGGCCUGAGACGAUUGCAGUUCAAUAUGUAGCCUAGAUGUAGCCUAGUAGGCUCACGUUAACUAGCUAGCUAAUUUAGCUGCUCCAUUUUUGCCCAUGAGAGGAAGUUAGGCUAGCAAUAAUUUUAGCUAGUUAGCCUAUAAAAACUAAAACUAAAAACGUACUGUAUGGCAGAGCCAUAGAACGUUUUGCCAACUAAAUUGGUAUUGGUGUCUUUAAGUUUGUUUUCAGUGUAUUAAACUAAGCAUAUAUAGCCUUGUUGAUUUGAUGAUGUUGAAAUGGUGAUGGAAUAGCGGAGGCAGUGCUCCUGUUGUCUUUGUGCUGACUUGCGGUAACUCUGUGGUUCUAAAUCAGUAGUUGUUUAGUAAACUGUCAAACAUUAACUUGCUUGACCAUGCUGCAGGUCAACUGUUUGUUACGUGAAAUAUUUGUUUUGUGUACUUAUCCAGACAGAUGUUGCAAUCCAGUUUUGUGAUUAAAUAAAUGUAUGUGUAGUUGAAUUUAUUUUGUUGUCACGGCCUUAUUUUAUAUCACAGGGGCGUAUUAACAAAUGGGUUAUAGAGCAAACAGCGCAAAUAUCACAACAGGUUGUAAUAUAGCUUUUUUUAUUGUCGGCUUCCCCAGGGAUUUUACCCACGCACCGCUACUGCUAACAAAGUGGAUAUUCGUCAAAUCCGUCAUGAUUUAUGUAGUGGAACAGGCCCACUAUGUGCGUACUCAAGUCCGAUUUGGACAUUUUCGGCUGUUUUUGCUGCAUAACAUGCAGAAGUUGUCCCUUUUCAGGUUUAGAAGAAGUGACUGCUAAAUACGAACUCCCUUUCGUAUAAGCUGGUUAGCAUAGCUACAGAAAUCGUUAAUGAUAGUCAAAAUAGUUUUUAACAGUAAUGCAGUUGAUUGGUAAAGAUGACAUGAACAUGUUGGGGUUGACAUCCAUACAAGCAUUAUACUCCGAUUUCUACCUCCAACAUAGUGUGAAAUACACAUACAAACAAUAGCCUAAAUGUUGACUAAUUUUGCUGGGGGACAAUGAGGAGACUCGGGAUCUUUCUCCCAUGGCCCUUUCCCCCACGCGUUUCCAUGGCAAUUCCAUUGUUUUGGUCAAGGUCCAUUGAGUCCUUUACCGCAUCUAUUGCGAGUGUAACAGUCAAAUUGCCAGGGUUAAAGGUUCCAAGCCUGUUCUAUUCAUUCUGUUUUUAUGUGUGCUAUUUUUAAACCCAGAGAGACCAGGCCGGGGUUUGGGGUUUGAGAAGUCAAUGAGAGAAUGGAAAAAUGAUUCCUUAGUUGUUGUUAAUUUUCUCUAAAUCUAAAAGCACAACCUAGAUUCAAGCCAAUGUCUUAAGUAGUUGAACAUGUUAUUACUCCAACCUCAUGAAAGUGACAAACUGAUUUUUUGUCAAAUUUAUAGGCCUCCCGAGUGGCGCAGCGGUCUAAGGCACUGCAUCACAGUGCUAGAGGCGUCACUACAGACCUGGGUUCGAUCCCAGGCUGUGUCGCAGCCGGCCGCGACCGGGAGACCCAUGAGGCGGCGCACAAUUGGCCCAAAAAUACUCAACUUUAUAUUGACGGCCUGCACAUGCGCAGUCCUCCUGAGGUGCUGGCGGUCGGCCUCGGCCGUCUCUCCCAGGCCCAAAGGGCAAACUGGGUGAGGCAGGUGGAGUCUCCCUGGGCACAGCCGUCCUACAGCGUUUGGUGGCGCUCCGGUUGGAGAGCAAGGACACAAUCAGGAAGGUAGAGCCGCUAGAACGGCUAAGUGGGUUCUGUUCCACGUAUUUCAUAGUUCUGAAAAAGGAUGGCAGCUUUCGGCCAAUCCUGGACCUGUGCGGCCUCAACAAAUGUUUAAAGGAGCUCAAGUUCAAGAUGCUGUCACCAGCGCGGGUGUUGCAGGCAGUCUCGAGCAGCCAAUGGUUCACUACGCUCGACCUGAAGGAUGCAUUCCUGUUCCUUGAGAUCACUGGAAGUGCCUCCGAUUUGCCUUCAAAGGAGUGGCUUACGAAGUCCUCCCGUUCGACCUUUCACUGGCGCCGCUUAAAUUCACAUAGUGUAUGGAUGCAGUCCUAGCGCCUAUCAUGUCCCAGGGCAUUCUAGUGCUGAACUACCUGGACGACUGGCUGGUGUGUGCUCAAUCAAGAGAGCAAGCUACAGCAGACACAAGGAUAAUCUUGAAGCACAUUCAAGACCUGGGCUUUCACCCUAAACAGGGAGAAGAGCAACCUGACUCCUUCACAGACGGUGGUCUUCGUGGGGAUGUUGAUCGACUCAACUCUUAUGAGAGUACAUCUCCCUCAAGUGAGAUUGGAGAAUAUACAGGCCUAUCUGGACCGUUUCCAGCUUGGACGAGCCGUGUCCGUAUUAGUGCCAGAAGUUACUCGGCCUACUCACGCCGGCUUCUCUGUUGAUUCUGCUGGGCCUUCUUCACCUCAGGCCACUUCAGUGAUGGUCAACUUACCAUCUACACCAGAGAUGACACAGACAUCGUCAGCUAUCGGUGACAAAUGCAUAUGUGAGGACUCUGUUGAAAUGGCACUCUCUUCCUGUUGGAGGGAGUGAUACUGAACAGAGUCCACCGGAGGGAGCUAGUGUGCACCGAUGCCUCGCUAGCGGUUUGUGGGAAAGUGUUCAGAGGUAUAGCAGCGAGCGGACGCUGGAGCCCCCCAUGGAGUAGCAAGCACAUCAAUGUACUGGAGCUCAGGGCGGUUUGCCUGGCACUCCAACAGUUCCUGCCCUACUUUGAGGGGAAGCAUGUCCUGGUCAGAUCAGACAACACCACUGUAGUGGCGUAUAUCAAUCACCAGGGGGGACUGAGAUCACGGCACCGCCACGAAAUGACUUGGAACACUCAUUGUCCCAGCUGGUUCUUGAUGUCGAACCCUCCAGGCCCUCUGGGUUUGGAAGCCCUCGCUCACGAUUGGCUGGCAACGACACUAUGCGUUCCCACCAUUUCUUCUGAUCAGAGCUACUCUAGACAGGGUCAGUUUGAAGGGCCACCGGCUGUUCCUGAUAGCCCCAUACUGGUCGAGACGACCAUGGUUCAGCCUCCUGUUGUCUCUCCUCUCUGGGACCCCAUGGCAGCUGCCACUGAGACCCGACCUGCUCUCUCAGGCUCGGGAGACGCUCUGGCAUCCAGACCCACGCUGCCUCCAGCUUUGGGCUUGGCCCCUGAGAGGCGUAAAUGGGCAAGUCUAGCACUUUUGCUAGGUACCAUCGAGUCAAUGUUGCUGCCGCUAACCAGGUCGGGACGGCCGUGUUGGGUGUUGCCUCCACUUCCCUGGAGGGGGAUGGAGGGACACAGCAACCAUGACUGCCCUGAGCUCAGUCCAACAGGAUUUUGCUCUUGUCUGGCCAUGCCUAGUUCACCAACUUUUUUAUCUGGUAUUGUGAUCCAAUAUAGUGGUUACGUACAGUUGAAGUCAGAAGUUUACAUACACCUUAGCCAAAUACAUUUAAACUCAGUUUUUCACAAUUCCUGACAUUUAAUCCUAGUAAAGAUUCCCUGUCUUAUGUCAGUUAGGAUCACCACUUUAUUUUAACAAUGUGAAAUGUCAGAAUAAUAGUGGAGAGAAUUAUUUAUUUCAGCUUUUAUUUCUUUCAUCACAUUCCCAGUGGGUCAGAAGUUUACAUACACUCUUAGUAUUUGGUAGCAUUGUCUUUGAAUUGUUUGACUUGGGUCAAACGUUUUGGGUAGCCUUCCACAAGCUUCCCACAAUAAGUUGGGUGAAUUUUGGCACAUUCCUCCUGACAGAGCUGGUGUAAGUGAGUCAGGUUUGUAGGCCUCCUUGCUCACACACACUUUUUCAGUUCUGCCCACAAAUGUUCUAUAGGAUUGAGGUCAGGGCUUUGUGAUGGCCACUCCAUUACCUUGACUUUGUUGUCCUUACGCCAUUUUGCCACAACUUUGGAAGUAUGCUUGGGGUCAUUGUCCAUUUGGAAGACCCAUUUGCGACCAAGCUUUAACUUCCUGACUGAUGUCUUGAUGUUGCUUCAAUAUAUCCACAUCAUUUUCCUUCCUCAUGAUGCCAUCUAUUUUGUGAAGUGCACCAGUCCCUCCUGCAGCAAAGCACCCCCACAGCAUGAUGCUGCCACACCCGUGCUUCACGGUUGGGAUGGUGUUCUUUGGCUUGCAAGCCACCCCCUUUUUCGUCCAAACAUAACGAUAGUCAUUAUGGCCAAACAGUUCUAUUUUUGUUUCAUCCGGCCAGAGGACAUUUCUCCAAAAAGUACGAUCUUUGUCCCCAUGUGCAGUUGCAAACUGUAGUCUGGCUUUUUUAUGGCGGUUUUGGUGCAGUGGCUUCUUCCUUGCUGAGCGGCCUUUCAGGUUAUGUCGAUAUAGGACUCGUUUUACUGUGGAUAUAGAUACUUUUGUACCUGUUUCCUCCAGCAUCUUCACAAGGUCCUUUGCUGUUGUUCUGGGAUUGAUUUGCACUUUUUGCACCAAAGUACGUUAAUCUCUAGGAGACAGAACGCGUCUCCUUCCUGAGCGGUGUGACGGCUGCGUGGUCCCAUGGUCCUUGCGUACUAUUGUUUGUACAGAUGAACGUGGUACCUUCAGGCAUUUGGAAAUUACUCCCAAGGAUGAACCAGACUUGUGGAGGUCUACAAUUUUUUUUCUGAGGUCUUGGCUGAUUUCUUUUGAUUUUCCCAUGAUGUCAAGCAAAGAGGCACUGAGUUGGAAGGUAGGCCUUGAAAUACAUCUACAGGUACACCUCCAAUUGACUCAAAUGAUGUCAAUUAGCCUAUCAGAGGCUUUUAAAGCCAUGACAUAAUUUUCUGGAAUUUUCCAAGCUGUUGAAAGCACAGUCAACUUAGUGUAUGUAAUCUUCUGACCCACUGGAAUUGUGAUACAGUGAAUUAUAAGUGAAAUAAUAUCUGUAAACAAUUGUUGGAAAAAUUACUUGUGUCAUGCACAAAGUAGAUGUCCUAACCGACUUGCCAAAACUAUAGUUUGAUAACAAGAAAUUUGUGGAGUGGUUAAAAAACGAGUUUUAAUGACUCCAACCUAAGUGUAUGUAAACUUCCGACUUCAACUGUAUGUAACCACGGUUAUGUGAGCUAUUGGAUCACUCCAAUCCUUUUGUCGGUGAUCUACGACGCCUUGAAAAGGACACGAGGUGGGAGUAGUGUGGUGGCAGCUAUUUAAGGGGUUCAGCCGCAGCACUACCCGGUACACAGGACUAACCUAAAAUUCUUACUUGGAAUGUAUCCUGCUGAGCAGAAUGAUACCAUAUUGGCGUGAUCCAAUAGCUCACGUAACCUUGAUUACAUACGUAACCUUCGUUGUUAAGAGUCGAUGUUAAGGCCUAAACGGACUCAACCGUCUUCAGGGUUUCCACUAGAUGGCACAGCCACAAAGUCACAAUUGGCUUUAUCAUAAAAAUGCAUGAAAACUAAAAUGUAAGGUUAACCGUGUGGUUAGGGUUAAGGUUAGGUUUCAAAUAUGAUUUCAAGAAGAUACAUUGUAGAAAUAGGCAGGAUUUAUGACUUUGUGGCUGUGGUAAUUAGUGACGACCCAUCUUCAGUCAGCUGUUUGUCCCCCCCCCCCCCCAAAAAAAGACUGUCUUCAUCCAUAACUGUUGGUUAUACGGUAAUUGUGCCAGCCCUAGGCACACUACCUGCCUUUUCAAUUUGCUUGAGUGGGUUUCUUCGAGAUUAAAGUUUUACAAAAUGGUUUUAGACAAAUCCUCAUUUGUGCACCCACAGGUUUUGGCCUAUGCAUAGUACUCACCAAUAUUGGCAAUAAUCAAAUCAUUAUUAACUAUACUAUUAGCUAUUAACUAUGCCCAUUGUCUGCCUUCCUUUUUCAAGUUUCCAGGUUGUAGUCAUCAUGCCUCUUCACUGCCUCCGACCUGGCUGCCCAGCGCUGAUGGUGCCUUACCUGGUCACCCUCCUGCUGCUAAUGACCUCUGGAGUCCAUAGCCAAGGUACCAUGUACUUCAUUACUAAUACAUCAUCACUACUAUUUAUCAGAUCAUGUAUAUACCAUGUGACCGUGGUAUUCAAUGGCUAUUUUGCUCUAGCUGUAGAAGCAUACAAAUCCCCUGGCAUUGUGCAAUCUCUCUAGACUGUCUGUCUGACAUGCAGACUCAUGUUAGCAAUUACACUCUCAGGACACUAAUGUGAACUCAGUCACUCCUUUUUGUUGCCACACACACACACACACACACUAAGCAGUUUACAGUGAGGUAAAAAAGUAUUUGAUCCCCUGCUGAUUUUGUACGUUUGCCCACUGACAGACAUGAUCAGUCUAUAAUUUUAAUGGUAGGUUUAUUUGAACAGUGAGAGACAGAAUAUCAACAAAAAAAACCAGAACAACGCAUGUCAAAAAUGUUAUAAAUUGAUUUGCAUUUUAAUGAGGGAAAUAAGUAUUUGACCCCUCUGCAAAACAUGACUUAGUUCUUGGUGGCAAAACCCUUGUUGGCAAUCACAGAUGUCAGAUGUUUCUUGUAGUUGGCCACCAGGUUUGCACACAUCUCAGGAGGGAUUUUGUCCCACUCCUCUUUGCAGAUCUUCUCCAAGUCAUUAAGGUUUCCAGGCUGACGUUUGGCAACUCGAACCUUCAGCUCCCUCCACAGAUUUUCUAUGCGAUUAAGGUCUGGAGACUGGCUAGGCCACUCCAGGACCUUAAUGUGCUUCUUCUUGAGCCACUCCUUUGUUGCCUUGGCCGUGUGUUUUGGGUCAUUGUCAUGCUGGAAUACCCAUCCACGACCCAUUUUCAAUGCCCUGGCUGAGGAAAGGAGGUUCUCACCUAAGAUUUUACGGUACAUGGCCCCGUCCAUCAUCCCUUUUGAUGCAGUGAAGUUGUCCUGUCCCCUUAGCAGAAAAACACCCCAAAAGCAUAAUGUUUCCACCUCCAUGUUUGAUGGUGGGGAUGGUGUUCUUGGGGUCAUAGGCAGCAUUUCUCCUCCUCCAAACACGGCGAGUUGAGUUGAUGCCAAAGAGCUCGAUUUUGGUCUCAUCUGACCACAACACUUUCACCCAGUUCUCCUCUGAAUCAUUCAGAUGUUCAUUGGUAAACUUCAGACGGGCCUGUAUAUGUGCUUUCUUGAGCAGGGGGACCUUGCGGGCGCUGCAGGAUUUCAGUCCUUCACGGCGUAGUGUGUUACCAAUUGUUUUCUUGGUGACUAUGGUCCCAGCUGCCUUGAGAUCAUUGACAAGAUCCUCCCGUGUAGUUCUGGGCUGAUUCCUCACCGUUCUCAUGAUCAUUGCAACUCCACGAGGUGAGAUCUUGCAUGGAGCCCCAGGCCGAGGGAGAUUGACAGUUAUUUUGUGUUUCUUCCAUUUGCGAAUAAUCGCACCAACUGUUGUCACCUUCUCACCAAGCUGCUUGGCGAUGGUCUUGUAGCCCAUUCCAGCCUUGUGUAGGUCUACAAUCUUGUACCUGACAUCCUUGGAGAGCUCUUUGGUCUUGGCCAUGGUGGAGAGUUUGGAAUCUGAUUGAUUGAUUGCUUCUGUGGACAGAUGUCUUUUAUACAGGUAACAAGCUGAGAUUAGGAGCACUCCCUUUAAGAGUGUACUCCUAAUCUCAGCUGGUUACCUGUAUAAAAGACACCUGGGAGCCAGACAUCUUUCUGAUUGAGAGGGGGUCAAAUACUUAUUUCCCUCAUUAAAAUGCAAAAUCAAUUUAUAAAAUUUUUGACAUGCAUUUUUCUGGAUUUUUUUAUUUUGUUAUUCUGUCUCUCACUGUUCAAAUAAACCUACCAUUACAAUUAUAGACUGAUCCUUUCUUUGUCAGUGGGCAAACGUACAAAAUCAGCAGGGGAUCAAAUACUUUUUUCCCUCACUGUAUGUCCGAUAAUCAUAUAAUAUAAUAAUGGUUGGAUAUUGGCUGAUGUUAGUCAUAGGUUUAAACAAGACAUUUAAUUUUGCCAGAUUUUUCAGUGUACCGUUUUUAUGUUUCUUUAUCAGUAUGCAACAGUGCUCAAUCUCAGAGCUCCCAGUGCAGUCAUGGCUGAUGAUCUCUGGGCUGUUGUUGUUAUUCAUGGGAGUGUGGGGCAUUGACCCCAGUCUCCAGAUCCCCUCUGAUCCUCUGCCAGAAGUAGAUGCAGGGACAGUGGGACACUACUAAAGCAUUUCCAUGUGAACAGAGACCCUUGCCCCUUACCCCUGUCCCACCCCCACCUCUCUGAAUGAAGACAGUGCCUAAUGUCAGGCAUCAACAGUAAGUGCUAUGAUUCAUGUCUGCGCUCCUCUACAAUUUCUUCAGUUUUCCCCAUGACGUCGUGUAUAAGGUGCCUUCAAACUGACCUUCAACCUCAGGCCCUAAACGGAUUUCCUGUCCCUCUUGCUAUCCCAGUGGAGAACACAAGGCCUGCUUUGAGCAGACGGGCAGCUGGAGAGGAGAGAGGAGGACAGAGAGUGACACAUGAAAGAAGAGGAUUGUUGGGGAUGCCCUCGUUGGAAAUUAUGGAGAUUAGCCGAAAACAAGAGACUGAUUUGAUUGGGGAAGGAGGAAGAGGCUCCCUUUCCAAAAUUGGAGGUCUGAAAAAGGUUUAGAACCUACUAAAAAAUUCAUUUUUUAGUAGUUUGAUCUUAGAACAGCACCCCACCACCACCACCCAUUGCCAAGUUCACCGCCAUACUCAUACCCAGAAUCACAUCCCCAGCAGAUACACAGCCCUGCCAACACAGCUCAGUUGGUCUCUCACAACAAGUAAUCACUACAUAGAUGUUCAUGUUUCAAGUGCCUAGUGUUGAUUAUGCUUUUGUCUGUGUGAGAGAAAAAUCAGUUGUUCCAAUCACAAGUUGCUUAUUUUGUUCUGUGUUCUGGCGGGUAUACUUGUGAAUAGCAGUCGGAUUGUUGAUUGUCUGAUUGAUUUGAUAUUAGAUGUGGACCUAUUUCUAACGUGGGUGCGUGUGUUGCCUACACUGCAGGGCGUCUGAAACUGACAGUGCUGUCUGAGGAUCGGCUGCAGAUGAAGUGGAAGGAGGCUGAUGGGCCGGUCCAGGGAUACAAGGUCCGCGUGAAGCCCAUCUCAGGUGAGACAGCAGUACUGGUGUGUACUGUGAGGUUGAGGAGAGUUGAUUCUAACUAAGAGUUGACAAUGUUGGGUCACAAUGACUUCAAUCUGGAAUCCUUAAUCGUGAAACUGUCACGUCCGUUUGCGAUAUUACAACAACAAAGAAGUUACUGCAAACAACGAACAAACAGUGUUUUUUUUUCCAUCUGACAUCAUUGCACGCGCGUUAGAACAGCAGCAUAUGUACUGCAUUUUUUUUUUACAUUGAUUAGCGAUGCUCCCCACCUCUGGUUCGUCAACCAAACAAAAUCAAUAACAACGGCCAUGGCAAUCAAACAAAAUCAAUAACAACGGCCAUGGGGCGGACAGUGGUGCUGUUUCCUCCUACGAUACUACGGAUUCCAUAUUUAACCAAGACCAAGUAGCACUUACUUACAGUAUAUAGAGUAUUGUACAGUAUAUACAGUGCCUUCGGAAAGUAUUCAGAUCCCUUGACUUUUUCCACAUUUUGUUAGGUUACAGCCUUAUUCUAAUUUUAUUUUUUUUCCCCUCAUCAAUCUACACACAAUACCCCAUAAUGACAAAGCAAAACGUGCUAAUUUAUAUUACAUUUACAUUAGUAUUCAGACCCUUUACUCAGUACUUUGUUGAAGUACCUUUGGCAGUGACUACAGCCUCGAGUCUUCUUGGGUAUGAUGCUACAAGCUUGGCACACCUGUAUUUGGGGAGUUUCUCCCAUUCUUCUAUGCAGAUCCUCUCAAGCUCUGUCAGGUUGGAUGGGGAGCGUCGCUGCACAGCUAUUUUCAGGUCUCUCCAGAGAUGUUUGAUCAGAUUUAAAAGUCAGGGCUCUGGCUGGGCCACUCAAGGACAUUCAGAGACUUGUCCCGAAGCCACUCCUGCGUUGUCUUGGCUGUGUGCUUAGGGUCGUUGUCCUGUUGGAAGGUGAACCUUCGCUGCAGUCUGAGGUCCUGAGAGCUCUGGAGCAGGUUUUCAUCAAGGACCUCUCUGUGCUUAGCUCCGUUCAUCUUUGCCUCGAUCCUGACUAGUCUCUCAGUCCCUGCUGCUGAAAAACAUCCCCACAGCAUGAUUCUGCCACCAUAAUGCUUCACCGUAGUUUAUGGUGCCAUGUUUCCUCCAGAUGUGACGCUUGGCAUUCAGGCCAAAGAGUUCAAUCUUGGUUUCAUCAGACCAGAGAAUCUUGUUUCUCAUGGUCUGAGAGUCUUUAGGUGCCUUUUGGCAAACUCCAAACGGGCUGUCGUGCCUUUUACUGAGAAGUGGCUUCCGUCUGGCCACUCUACCAUAAAGGCCUGAUUUGGUGGAGUGCUGCAGAGAUGGUUGGCCUUCUGGAAAGUUCUCCCAUCUCCACAGAGGAACUCUAGAGCUCUGUCAGAGUGACCAUCGGGUUCUUGGUCACCUCCCUAACCAAGGCCCUUCUCCCCCGAUGGCUCAGUUUGGCCGGGCGGCCAGCUCUAGGAAGAGUCUUGGUGGUUCCAAACUUCUUCCAUUUAAGAAUGAUGGGAGGCCACUGUGUUCUUGGGGACCUUCAAUGCUGCAGACAUUUUUUGCUGCCCUUCCCCAGAUCUGUGUCUCGACACAAUCCUUUCUCGGAGCGCUACGGACAAUUCCUCAUGGCUUGGUUUUUGCUCUGACAUGCACUGUCAACAGUGGGACCUUAUAUAGACAGGUGUGUGCCUUUCCAAAUCAUGUCCAAUCAAUUGAAUGCCAAGAGCGUGCAAAGCUGUCAUCAAGGCAAAGGGUGGUUAUUUGAAGAGUCUCAAAUAUAUUUUUAUUUGUUUAACACUUUUUUUUUGGUUACUACAUGAUUCCAUAUGUGUUAUUUCAUAGUUUUGAUGUCUUCACUAUUAUUCUACAAUCUAAAACAUUUUAAAAAUAAAAACCCUUGAAUGAGUAGGUUUUUCCAAACUUUUGACUGGUAGUGUAUGUUUUGUGUUUGUUUUUAAUAAAUGUACAAAAAAAUGUGUGUAGGUUGCUGAGGAUUUUUAUUUAUUUAAUCCAUUUUAGAAUAAGGCUGUAACGUAACAAAAUGUUGAAAAUGUAAAGGGGUCUGAAUACUUUCCGAAGGCACUGUAAUUAACCAGAUUAUAGCGAAUGAAUUAUAGGUAAGUGCCUCAAAUUAUUUUCCAUUGUUGUAUUUAUUUUCUUUGCCUCUUUUUGAAUGAUUUUCCAGAACCCUACAAUUUCCCACCCAGCUGCCUGUUCUCCACAAUUUAAAAAAAAAUAGAUAUAUAUUUUUAAUAGUUUCUUUUAUUUAUUAAUGUUUUUUUUUUCUUGUUUUUUAUGUCAUUGAUGCUCUUAUCCAGAGCGACUUACAGGAGCAAUUAGGAUUAAGUGCCUUGCUCAAGGGCACAUCGACAUAUUUCACCUAGUCAGCUCGGGGAUUAGAACCAGCGACCUUUUGGUUACUGGCACAACGCUCUUAACCACUAAGGUACCUGCCGCCCUAAUAAAGCUUCCAUGCUGUCCCUCCCACUUAACUCCAUGACAUCUGGAGCCAGAGUUGAUCAAAGCCCUGGCCACUGGCUAGUAAACACCUGCUCACUCUAAUUUAUGAAAGAAGCACGAGGGGACAUUAGGGAUUUUGGAGAGAUGGGGAUGAUGAAGAGAUGUGGCAGUGGGCUAGAAGAGGGAAAAGGGGUAUAGUAUAUCUGGCUCAGUUGAUGUUGUAAACAAAGCCUCAAGGAACAAUUGAUAUUUUUUGUGUUUUGGCUGCUGCAGUGCGAACACACCUGGCUGUGGAGGCUGUCACCUGAUAGCUUAGGGAGAUAUGCUGUGGCUUAUCCAACCACCUUCUGGGUCAUGACUCGCACACAUUCUUUACUAUAGAACAAUAGGAUAACAGUCGUCUCUCUUCCUUGUUGAUUUGUUGUCUUUUUGUCUGCUCACUAUCUCUUUCUAGCAUUUGUUGUGGUAACACCAGCUGUAUGUAUGUGUGUCUGUCUGUCAGUUGCUCUCUCACUUCUGUAACAAUCUGAGAGACUGUCUGAUGUGUUUAUCUCUGUCCUCCAGAGGUGCCCCAGCCAGAGCUGAUGCUGACUACCACGCGUGGCCGGGCUACAGUGGCAGGUCUGGACUCCAGCCAGGAAUACGCCCUUCAGGUCCUAGUGCUUAACGGCACCCUGGAGAAACUCAUCGCCAAGAGACGCUUCACCAGUAAGAGACGGCAGGGGAGAGGGAGUGUUGAAAAGGAAGGAGAGGCGAGGAGGAAGAACAGGGGGAGAAGGAAUGAAUGCAGAGGACUUAAGAGGGAGAGGGAGGAGGAAUGGAAUGCCGGAGGGAGAUUGGAAAGGUGGAUGUGAAUAAUGAGUAGGUUUAGUAUUAAAGAGGAAGCAGAGACUAUGAAAUUAAGAGUGUGAAGGACAGGAGGAAGAUGGAUAAAGAGCCAGAGAGGGAUAGCUUAAGGGAGGACAGGAGGGAGUAUUCGAUGGAGUGGGAGGUUGGGUGAAUGUAUGGAAUGACUGGUAUGGGGAAAUGAAAGUGAGAAGGAAAGAGUAACAUGUUAGAGAAAGAUGAUGACUACUGUACUGAGAAGGAGAGAGUGAGGGGCACAGCAAAGGAGAGAUGUACAGAUACAAAGAUCAAGAGUGAGGACAUAGGCCCUCAUGCCCACUACUGUAGGAAUUCUCAAAGCAUUUAGGAAUUUGGGGAAAUCCCUUUUAAAAACCGCAGUUGACCUGUGUGGGCUUUACCAUUUACAUUUGACAUUUAGCAGAUGCUCUUAUCCAGAACGACUUAAAGGAGCAAUUAGGUUUAAGUGCCUUGCUUAAGGGCACAUCGACAGAUUUUUCACUUAGUCGGCUCGGGGAUUAGAACCAGCGACCUUUCGGUUACUGGCACCACGCUCUUACCCACUACGCUACCUGCCGCCCAAAUUCACUUUUUCUCUGGAUGGUAAACUGGUCAUCAAAAAGCAACUGUUAUUCUCUGUCAGGUGACAAAACAUAUUAUGUCUGUGGGUUGAGAAAAUAAGCCUUUAUAGACACAACACCCGCUCUCAGUGUUUCAGACAUUUGCAGUCAUCACGCACAGCCUUUUCCCAGUAAUUUGGGAAUUUCUGAAUACCUGUGUGCCUUUCACAUUUUAAUGUGUGUGAACACUUCCGUAUCAUUACAUUACAUGAAACCACACACACACACACACACCUCUAUCAGCCUGUCUUUCACAAGGGACUGUCUGUAAUACAUGUUGUGAUUAUUGCGGGUAGGGAGACAGAAGCUAGGUUUCCAUCCAAUUGGCGACAGAUUUUCAUGCAAACGUUCUAAAAUCUGCAUAAAAACAAUAUGCGCGUUUUCCCUCCAGAGAUGAUUCCAUCAAAUUGACAUGUUGCAGAUAAAAGGUUGCAGAUGACGUAGUGCACAUACACUGCCUUUUGCCGUUAAAUUCCCAUGUACUGAAUAAAAAAUACAAGUUAAAUGGGUUUCUAUCGCAUUUUCAACGUUACUGAUGGUUUUCUCACAAAACAAAAUUGCGUUAUAUAGCAAGUGUGCCCACUCUGGUGUUUGCACGUGGGCUGUAGCCAACCACCCUGUACAUGAUGAGAUUAUUAUUAUGGACAAAAGAGCAAGGUUAUUUUUAUUUGUCAAACGGCAGCCAAGCAUCGAUUAUCAUGUCACCAGAAUAAGACCCUCGAUAUUUAUUGGAAAGGAGCAUCAAGCUCCUCCCCGUGCACUUUCACCACCCCUGUGAAGUUCAUCAUCAUUUAUUUCAUCUGUAGCCUAAUAAACUGCAUGCUUUCCCGACUUGUCGUAGUGGAAGGACCACACAUGUCAUCGCGUGACUCCAAGUUUAUUUACUUCGAUAUGAUGGUUAUUAUAUCUAUAUUUGCUCUUAAAGGCGUUUCCACCGACACAAAAAGAUCCCACCUUGUCUAGCGUAUUUUGUUUUGUUGACAUUUGGAAAGUUUUGUUGACAUCAGGCCUGUCAUGACAUUUUUUUUAUCCGACGUACUUUACUGGCAUAAAAAGGUUGGAUGGAAAGCUGGUUGAUGUACCAACUGUUAUAGGAACAAAGUGCCCUUCAAAAUGUUUCUUAUUGUUGCCAGCCUUUCAGUGAUAGUGGGUUACUGUGUCAAGGGAAGCGCGUUGGGACAAGUCAGACUUUGGUGUUGACUGUAAAAUAUCUGGCUAUCAUUCAAUAAUUAUCCUAGUCUGGGAGCUCCUUCCUGGCCUCUCUUCUCAAACCCCCAGCCCCACUUGUUGUUUCCAUGGAAAUGUCAUACUAUUGCCCUUUUCAUGGCGCUGUGUACAGUCGUGGUCAAAAGUUUUGAGAAUGACACAAGUAUUGGUCUUCACAAAAUUAGCUGCUUCAGUGUUAUGAGAUAUUUUUGUUAGAUGUUACUAUGGUAUACUGAAGUAUAAUUACAAGCAUUCCAUAAGUGUCAAAUGCUUUUAUUGACAAUUACAUUAAGUUUAUGCAAAGAGUCAAUAUUUGCAGUGUUGACCCUUCUUUUUCAAGAUCUCUGCAAUCCGCCCUGGCAUGCUGUCAAUUCACUUCUGGGCCACAUCCUGACUGAUGGCAGCCCAUUCUUGCAUAAUCAAUGCUUGGAGUUUGUCAGAAUUUCUGGGUUUUUGUUUGUCCACCCGCUUCUUGAGGAUCGACCACAAGUUCUCAAUGGGAUUAAGGUCUGGGGAGUUUCCUGGCCAUGGACCCAAAAUGUCGAUGUUUUGUUCCACGAGCCACUUAGUUAUCACUUUUGCCUUAUGGCAAGGUGCUCCAUCAUGCUGGAAAAGGCAUUGGUCGUCACCAAACUGUUCUUGGAUGGUUGGGAGAAGUUGCUCUCGGAGGAUGUGUUGGUACCAUUCUUUAUUCAUGGCUGUGUUCUUAGGCAAAAAUGUGAGUGAGCCCACUCCCUUGGCUGAGAAGCAACCCCACACAUGAAUGGUCUCAGGAUGCUUUACUGUUGGCAUGACACAGGACUGAUGGUAGCGCUCACCUUGUCUUCUCUGGACAAGGUGUUUUCCGGAUGCCCCAAACAAUCGGAAAGGGGAUUCAUCAGAGAAAAUGACUUUACCCCAGUCCUCAGCAGUCCAAUCCCUGUACCUUUUGCACAAUAUCAGUCUGUCCCUGAUGUUUUUCCUGGAGAGAAGUGGCUUCUUUGCUGCCCUUCUUGACACCAGGCCAUCCUCCAAAGGUCUUUGCCUCACUGUAAGUGCAGAUGCACUCACACCUGCCUGCUGCCAUUCCUGAGCAAGCUCUGCACUGGUGGUGCCCCGAUCCCGCAGCUGAAUCAACUUUAGGAGACGGUCCUGGCGCUUGCUGGACUUUCUUGGGCGCCCUGAUGCCUUCUUCACAGCAAUUGAACCUCUCUCCUUGAAGUUCUUGAUGAUCCGAUAAAUGGUUGAUUUAGGUGCAAUCUUACUAGCAGCAAUAUCCUUGCCUGUGAAGCCCUUUUUGUGCAAAGCAAUGAUGAUGGCACGUGUUUCCUUGCAGGUAACCAUGGAUAACAGAGGAAGAACAAUGAUUUCAAGCAACACCCUCCUUUUAAAGCUUCCAGUCUGUUAUUUUAACUCAAUCAGCAUGACAGAGUGAUCUCCAGCCUUGUCCUCGUCAACACUCUCACCUGUGUUAACGAGAGAAUCACUGACAUGAUGUCAGCUGGUCCUUUUGUGGCAGGGCUGAAAUGCAGUGGAAAUGUUUUUUUGGGAUUAAGUUAAUUUUCAUGGCAAAUGUUUGCAAUUAAUUGCAAUUCAUCUGAUCACUCUUCAUGACAUUCUGGAGUAUAUGCAAAUUGCCAUCAUCAAAACUGAGGCAGCAGACUUUGUGAAAAUUAGUAUUUGCAUCAUUCUCAAAACUUUUGACCACGACUGUAUGUGCUGGCAUUUCUUUUUGUCAAGCUCUGCAUAGAAAUGCUAUGUUUAUUGUGUAGAAUGUACAAUUAUUUUGAUUCAUUUACUCAUCCACUGUUCCACAUUUCGCCUUUCCUUCUCAAUUCCUCUUCUUCCUCCUCUUCCUCUCCAACCACUGCUGUCAUUUCUCUUCCACCAUCUUUUCCUCCUUCGUCUAUCCAUGGCUCCAUUUCCUCUCUUCUGUCCCCUUGCUCUCCUCCCUGUAUCCUGCCAGUUGAGGGCUUGCGAGAGGAGGAGUUGGUCCGUAGUGGCAGUCGUGAACAGCGGAGGAAGGCCCUGCCAGGGGGGUCAGGGUCAGGUGAACUGGAUGACCCCAUAGAGGCCCUGCGAGCUGUACCCACUGUAGUCUACCAUGAGCCGACAACCACCACCGCUACAGGUAGGGGGCGCUCUAACUCAGGGAGGGCUUUUAGGUCAAAGGAUUUUACACUGUAGAGCAGGGGUAUUCAAAUCUUAACCUAUGAGGUCCAGAUUACCUCUGUUUUACUUAAUAAUUAAUGGAACCUACCGGUUGACAGGUCUAAAUCUGUCUCUGAUUAGAGGGGAAGAAUGGGGAAAAAAGCAGUGGAACUGGUUUUGAGGUCCAGAUUUGAAUUUGAGGGCCGUAGAGCAAUGCCCAAGAAUCUUACUCUGGGCCAAUAAGCACUGAAGUGAAUAUAAUGGUCAUCCUCAAUCAGUUCUGCAAGUAAUGUGCUGUAACAGGAUUUUAUGUUUUGAGGGUUAUUUCACUUCUUGUUUACUGUCGUAAUUAUAUACGUCACACUACAGUGCUUUUGGCAAAAGGUAGGCAUACCGUAUCUAAUAUGUUCAGGUCUGAUAAUUGCUUUGGUUGUGGGUGGAAACAGUGGCACUUAGAAAAUAAAAAACACAAUGCCUCCCCAUAGUUGAUAUUAAUAUGUGCUCCUCUCUGUUCCGCCAUGGGCUCUGUCAUUAUGUGUGUGUUUAACUGGGAGGGUGGGGGCAGGAGCCUGGAGAGGCGCCAGUGUUCUGUAAUGAGAGCCCUGCUGCAGUGCCACAGCUGUAAUCUGCCCUGUCCUGUCCUGGCCUAGGAUAUGCACUGCACUGGAGAGAAACAGGGGGAGGAAACAGGGAGUGGACAUGGGGUGUGGGAUAAGGGACUGUCCAACAGGGGUUUACUAGUUCCCUGUAUCUUAACAAUGUCUCAUAAGAACUGGAGAUUGGAUAUUACUAUGACCUGUAACUGAAUGUUUAUGUCAUCAUAUAAGAACUGGUGUCCAGAAAUGAUUAUGCUAUUGUAAUUUCUGUCAUAGACUUUGUUUCUUUAACACGACCAUCUGUCAAAUUGUGUUUCUGUAGAACCUCCAACUACUCCAGUAACAACUACCCAGAAUAAUGACUUGGUGACAGAGAAGGCUCCCAAAGAGAAGAGGAAGAAGAAGAAAGAGAAGAAUCGCUCCAAGGUGGACAAUAAGGAGGAGCAAGGGACAACUCAGGGGAAACCAGUAGAGGAUGAGAACUCAGACAGGGAGAAACUCAGGAAGACAAUCCCCACCCAGCCUGUCACAGGUACACCAACUCCCAUCCAUCCCACCUACAGCAAACAGUUUGUAAAAACACAAUAACUAUUACUUCUCCAAGAUGUACCAGGCAAAAUGUUUUUGUUUAAAACGCCUGGCUGUUAAUGUAUUUUCAGUGUUGUAAGUGAAGUACCCUAUUCAGAGCCCUUAAUAUGCACACUCUUCUAGCGCUAAAGGAUAAAGUUAAGUCCUAGAAGAGGAGUUCGGGCCUUCCUUUGUCAUCCUCAGCACUGCAAUCGUAUAAAAAAUAUUCCAGUUAGUGGCUAUUUCAGAUCUGAUGACAGCGUUUCCUGAGGAGGGGAACACAUAGAGGACAGGAUAAUGAUAGGGCCUCUAGGGCAGGAAUGUGCUCCCACUCCCCUGUAAUCCUCUGUAACACACACACACACACACCUACCUACUACUACUUCUAAUACUACUAUAAAUGCAUUCUCCUUAGUUUGGAUCAGCCAGUUUCUUGAUUUUAAGAGUGUUUCUUCAUUAAUCCAGUGGUGUCCACUCGGAAGGCCUUUGAGUGUGACACGACAGCAGCUGCUGAUGUGGUCAUGUUGGUGGACGGCUCCUGGAGCAUCGGACGCACCAACUUCAGACGUGUCAGGGACUUCCUGGAGGGUCUAGUUACGCCUUUCCAUAUCGGCCCAGACAGGGUGCAGAUAGGUGAGACACAGCAGACUCUUUCUGCUGAAUUUGCGUUUUGUGUUUCUUAUAAAAGGGUGUGUGAUGUGAUUGCAUAAUUAAUACAAUAAUAAACCACAUAUAUAAGACCUCCCCAGGCAAAAGUAUUUUGAUGUUAAGGAUUCUUUGUACAUUUUCUUUAAUCUAAAUCCUGGUGGUUUUGGCCACUUUCCAGUUUCUGCAGCUGCAUUUACUAGGUCUAUAACAGAACUCUCCUCUAUUAGCUUUUGACUUUAUGGGACACCAAUAACUGUCGUGUGGAGUGCUAUUAACAGUUUAUUGCCCCUCCGUUUCCCAGCCCUUUCUCAGUACAGUGGAGACCCUCGCACAGAGUGGCAGCUCAAUAACUUCACUACCAAAGAGCAGCUGCUGGAAGCAGUCAGGAACUUCAGAUACAAGGGAGGCAACACCUUCACAGGCCAGGCUCUGCUGCAUGUCCUGGAGGAGAACCUGAGACAAGAGUCGGGGGCGAGGCCGGACACCCCUCGAUUCCUGAUCCUCCUGACGGAUGGGAAGUCGCAGGACGACGCCAUCGCUGCAGCCAACCGGCUGAAGAACAAAGGCGUGGAGAUCAUCGCUGUAGGUGAGAUCUACCCUGGUGGUGCAGCCUGUUACUCUGGAGGGUUUAGUUCGCAUAAUAGAGAGUACGGGAAGUACAGGUGUUUGUAUGGCUUUGUUUGUUUGUUUUUGCAUGUUGUUUAUGCAUGGUUGUGUUUGUCAGUAAUUUGUGUGUGUCUGUACAUGAAUGUAUUGCCGUGUGAAAAAAGGCCUGUCCCUGUCUCUCUCAGGUGUGAAGAACGCAGACGAAUCCGAGCUGAGGCAGGUGGCGUCGGAGCCUCUGGAGCUCAACGUCUACAAUGUGAAUGACUUCCCUCUGCUCAGCAAACUGGUGGACCGACUGGUGCACAUCCUCUGUGGGAAGAUAGAGGAGCGCAGCAUUGCGAAGAGUGAGUUUAGUACUUCAGUACAUUCAUAUGUUUGUAUAAACUCUCACAACCUGACAUAAGUCCAUUUGUGGCAAAGGCAAUGAGAAAUGCCAAGAAACAUUAUAUCUUCACAGAGUGAGAAAAUACCAAGUCAAGUUUCCUCAUUCUCUGUUUACUGCGCAGGAAACGAAAGGCCGACAGAGGACCCUGUGCUGUCCUACCCCAGCCCCACAAACCUGGAGUUCUCUGAGCUGGGCCCCAGGGAGGUGCAGCUGAGCUGGACUGGACCUACCCGUCCCGUCCUGCAGUACAGAGUGGUGUUCCACAGCGCUGAGGGACAGAGCCCACAGGAGGUCAGAGACAGACAGAAUGUUCUCAUGAAUGUCGGCAUUUACAAGUCAUUGCAGUUAUGGAGCUCUAGAACUUUAGUCAUGGAAAAAAAGCAGUUGUGUAAACAUGUAGCUAUUUGGUGGUUUUGGCUGUGAGUGACUUGAUCCCUGUGAUUUAUGUGUUCAGGUGGUUGUGAAUGGGACCGUCUCCAGUGUGCUGUUGGGUGGACUCUCCUCCCAGACUCACUACCACAUAUCAAUCUUCCCUGUCUACGAUGACAAUGUUGGUCUGGCCCUCAGAGGGACCGUCACCACAUGUAAGGCACAACCCAUCUGACACAUUCCUCAAAUAUGAUGUACUUCAUAAUUCAAAUAACUAGACGAAACCAUAGAAAUAACUUCUGAUACAUUCUCUCUCUCUCUACCCUCUCCUUCCUUCCCUCUCUUUCUCUCCUCUCCUGGGUCAUCAGUGCCCCUGGCCAUGCCGGAAGGUCUGGAGGUGACCCCCUCGUCCCCCAGCAGUCUGAGGGUGCGUUGGAGGGCCGCGGCGGGGGCCACUCAGUAUAUGGUCCUCUACUCCUCCCUCAGCCACGGAGAGCCCGAUGAUGCCAAGGAGGUGAGGUUACUGGAGGAUGGCAGAUGGAUGUGUGUGUGGUAGGAUCAUUUUGUGUUUCCUCACGUUGAUGGGUGUAUGUUAAAUCCCUGUCCCAGGUGAAGUUUGGGGCAGACCAGACUGAUGUGGUGCUGGGUGGUCUGAUGCCAGUGACAGAUUACUCUGUCACCCUGUACGCCCUGUAUGACGAGGACCCCAGUGACCCUGUCACCGCCAUUGCCACCACAUGUGAGGGAGUCAUCACUGCCUGUUAUUAAUGAACAUUCAAUCAACCUUUUUAUUAAUUAUUUGUUAACCCAGACAGUGUUACAAUACUGGUAUGUUUGAAAGAUAUGCGUGAAGUCCUUUCCAUCAUUCUCUUUCUAUCCCUCUCUCUGCAUCCUCUCGCUCUCUCUCUCUGUAGACCCGUUGCCCUCCCCUGUGAGUAUGAAGUUUCCCAUGGUGAGCCACAGCAUGGUCAGGGUCAGCUGGGUUCCUGGAGUGGUCGACGUUCCCGGUCACAGAAUCACCUGCAGCACCAACCAUGGCAGUGACGUCAAACAGGUGUUCACCAUUUAACUACUGUGGAAUAAAACAGACAUACUACUCAAUGAAAAUGAUUUAUUUUAAGAGGUUUCCUUGAUUGAUUGACUAUCUCUCCUCUCUCCUCCCUCCCAGGUGGAGGUGACAGGUGUGAACUCAGUGCUGCUACAGAACCUGUCCUCUCUGUCUAGAUACUUGGUGUCGGUGCAGUCCCAGUUUGAGCAGGGCCUGUCCUCACCGCUCACAGCCAACGUCACCACAUGUAAGAUCAUGAAACCUAACGCUUCACACACACACGCAUUUCAACAUCCAGACAUGACCUGUGCAUGUGACAGAGAUUGUGGUUUCUCCCCCUCCCCUCUCUCUGUGUCUCUCUAUCUGUCAGUGAGGGUACCAGCCACCUCUGAUCUCAGAGUCACAAACUUCUCAGGAAGUGACAUCACAGUUCGAUGGGAGUCAGCCGCAGAUGAUGUUGUCUCCUACCUGAUCAAAUGGAUCUCACUCAGUGGAGGGGACCUCAGACAGGUACAGAAUGUGGAGGAACCUCAGCUUGUCUGUUAUGACUACUAAGACUCACCGUAUUUAAUUGCCAAUACAAUGCUGUGUUGCAUGUAUUUUAGUAUUACAUUUGCUGUGUGUGUUCCAGUUGAGGGUGGAUGGGGACAGCGAGGGGGCCAUAUUGGAGGGGGUGCAGGACGAUAAGGAGUAUCAGAUCUCACUGUCUGCCCUCUACGCUGAUGGAGCACAGAGUGAGGCUGUGGCUAUACGGUACAGCACCUGUGAGUACAGAAUACUCCCAUUGUUUCAGACCUGGAGAUGUUAAUCAGAUCAAUAUGUAAUAUUGGGAUGUACUGUUGUAGUUUUCAGCAUAAAGAUCAUGUAUUAAUGUGUUAUGUGCCUAUAUCAUAGUGUCAGGUGGCGGCCCUUCCAGUGUGUCCAUCUCAGAGGAGACUGCAGUUAGUCUUCUGGUGAGCUGGGUUCCUCCCAAUGCCCAUGUACUGCAGUACCAUGUCUCCUACACCGCCCUGACGGGAGGAGAGACACAGGAGAGCACUGUGAGUAACACACACACACACACACACACACACACAGGUCAGGUUAGGUUAGGUUGUCACAGUGUUGUUAUGCCCCUGCAGGAGUUGGUUUCAGGCAGUGAGAGACGGACAUUGCUGCAGACCCUGCUACCUGACACACGCUACAGCAUCCUGGUCACUGCAGAGUACCGCAACCGAGAGGGAGGGAGUGCCUCGGCACAGGGCAAAACCAGUGAGUCUGUCUGACACACUCAUUUGUCAUUAAUAGUCUAUCACCUGUGAAUGCAUGAUCUCGCAUGCACUAGUACACUCAGACAUCCCGUCAGUUGUCUCUGUAUGUCGGUUUCUCCAGCCAGUCUGCGAGUGAGCAGUGUCAGUGUGAUGAGGUCUGAUCACUCCAGUAUCUGUGUGUCUUGGAGGCCUGUUUCAGCAGUCAGUGGUUACCGCAUUGCCAUCCAGUCUUUCAAAGGUAACAAGACCUUUCUAGCACAUCUUGAAGUUACUCGGGUAGUCAGGAAUCUUGGUUUUUGAGCUACCAUCCAUCGCUGUUUCUUACAAUAAUUUUUUUGUGUGGUGUAUGUUUUUCUCUAUGUCCCUACUGUGUUUGGGAGCCCAGACAAGCAGACAAAGCAGGAGAUAGUGGAUGCAUCAAGCAGCAGCUACUGUUUCACUGAGCUGGAGCCAGAGACUGUGUACCGCAUCAGUGUGCACUCCCGCCUCGACACUGUAGAGGGCGCUGCAGUCUCCAUUCUCCACCCCACAGGUUCGAAUAACAUCAGCAUUGUAGAUGUAAACAGAUCACUGGGGUACAAUCCUCUUGAUAUAUCCUCACUUAUUCAUAGAGUGGAUAGAUGCGGUGUGAAACACUCUCAAUGUAACAUUACACAUUCAUUGAAGUAGAACUAGAUAUAAGUCAUGAGCGUUUGGAUUUUGACCCCUACAGCAUCGGCUCCAGCCAGAAUCCCCAUUCAUCCCAGAUUGCACCCAAUUCGCAAUGAAGGUACUUCUUUAUAUUAUAGUUAUUUGUACAGAACAGAGCUAUAUUGACAGUGCUGUUUGUGUGCUGACAGUGCUGUAACAUAACUUUGUUUGUGAUUAAACACUGCCCUCUUGUUUUACAGUAUGCCCUGAGGUGACCAUCAGAAACAGUAUUGUAAAAGGUAAGGAAAUUAUGUUUUGAAAGUAAAGAGCUUUUGUCAUCUACACAUGGGUGUGUGUGAGACAGUCUGUGUUUCUGCACCAGGGUUUGAUAUGAUGGAGGCUUUUGGUCUGACCCAGAGGGCUUACUCAUCUGUGGAGGGGGUGGCUGCUGAGCCUUUUGUCUUCAAUACUCUACACACCUAUACUGUGUACAGAGACAUCCAACUGACCCAGAGCACAGGGUGAGACAUUUACACACACACACACACACACACACAAACACACACACACACACACACACACACACACACACAGUUCAAUUAUCUCAAUAUUGUCCCAUCCACAGGUUCAUCCACCCAGCAGGCUUUUCUCCGGAGCACACCAUCAGUAUAGCGUUCCGUCUGCUACAGGACACCCCCAGGGAGCCCUUUGCCCUCUGGCAACUCACUGACAACGACUUCCAGCCCAAGAUGGGUGUGGUGCUGGACCGUGAGUCUGAGGAGAGGGAUGGGGUUGAGGACUGUAGUUUUUACUGUUGUGCUCAGGGUGCUCACAAAAUUUGCUGCAGCCAUCCUGGCUGUUUACAUUUGAAAUUUUUAGCGACUUACAAUUAGUGCAUUCAUGUUAAGAUAGCUAGGUGAGACAGAAAUACAUCACAGUACAUUUUCCCUCAACAAAGUAUUUCUUAGCAAAGUCAGUACUAGUAGGAAAAUGCAAGUGCCUUUUCUUUUUUUUUGGGGGGGGGGGGGGGGGCAUUAGUUAUUUAAGACACUCUUCAAAGAGGUAGGGUUUCAGACGUUAUUGGAAGAUGGGCAGGGACUCCGCUGUUCUGACUUUAGGGGAAAGCUUGUUUACUCAUCAUACGGUGGAUCAUUUCCCCCAAAAACAGUUUUUCCUCUCACCUCCCUCCUCUGUCUCUCUCUCUGUGUCUCUCUGUGUCUCUCUGUGUCUCUCUGUGUCUCUCUGUGUCUCUCUGUGUCUCUCUGUGUCUCUGUGUCUCUGUGUCUCUCUGUGUCUCUCUGUGUCUCUCUGUGUCUCUCUGUGUCUCUCUGUCUCUCUGUGUCUCUGUGUCUGUGCCCCCUAGCUGUGAGCAAACUGCUGCUGUACUUCAGUCUGGACUACAGAGGGGAGGUUCAGGAACUCACCUUUGACCAGCCACAGGUCCACAGGCUGUUCUACGGAAGCUUCCACAAGGUGAACGAGAGAGAAAAAUACUUGAUAAAUAGAAGGAAGAAAGCUGGAGAGAAAAAGAGGACGAGAGACAGUUCAAUAUCAAGACAAUGUUGAGUUUUAGAUGGUGAUGAGAGAAUGUGACCAUAGAUAUAGAACUCUAAUAUAUUGUCUAUAGUUGUGACAUACAGCAUGAGUCGGUCUAACACACCCUUCUGUCCUGUGAUUGGCAGAUUCACCUGUCUAUCAGCCAGGUGAGCGUAUCCCUGUCUGUGGACUGCCAGCGUGUGGGUGAGAGGCCCGCGCGGCCCCUGGGGACUCUGCCCACUGACGGCUUUGAGAUGCUGGGCAAACUGAUGAAGACCCGUGGGACCACACAGCGGCUCUGCCCCGGUUAGUUGGAACAAAACUGUUACUUUUACCCACACAUAACAAAUACUGUAGUAACCAGACUCUCUGUUUUACCUCCUCCAGUUCCAGCUGCAGUCCUUUGAGAUUGUGUGCAACACCACCUGGGUCUUAGAGGACACCUGCUGUGAUCUGCCAGGCCUGGUUAGUGACACACAGUAACUAUAUUAAAGGUCAUGGGAAAUAAAUAAAUACAGAUGUGUAGAGGAAUAUGGAGUUAAUGAAUGCAUUAGAAGCAGAGGCCCUCUGGUGUCCUGCCCUGAAUAUAACUGUAACUUCAUUGACUGUAAUCCUGCCUGUGUGACUAUGUCAGAGGGAUGAGGAGAGCUGCCCCGCCCCUGCCUAUGCCUGCACCUGUACCUCCGACAUACCUGGAGCUCCUGGGGUCACUGGGCCUCCUGUGAGUCACAGUGUGACAAUGUUACAUUAUGAUUAAAGCAGAAUAAAUUGAUUAAAUUAACGGAAAUGUAGUUAUGAAAUGAUUGCCAAUUGCAAUGAUUUCAUGACUGAUCCUAAGAUGAUUAUGCAACAAUCCUUGUCUCUGUUUUUUAGGGCAAACCGGGUCCUCGUGGAGAAAAGGGUGAAAAGGGAGAGGAGGGCCAAAAGGUCAGAGGUCAUAACACUUGUGAAGCCUAUACACAAGCACCUGAACAAUUCACUAUACACAGCUGAACACCAUCUGUAUUGCAUCAUAGCCUAUUUUCACAUGUACUGUACAUGAUCAUGUUUGUCAGAAUGUGAUUGUGACAGAUCUUCCUAUAUUUUAACCUCUGUUCACCACUCCUGUUUUUCUCAGGGUGAGAUGGGGCCCUUCAGGGAAAAUGGGGUCAGAAGGCGUACUUGGGCCCCUGGGAAAUCGUGGCCCUCGGGGAUUGACAGUUCAGGGCAAAGCGGUGGGUCGAAUUUAAAUUGUUAUUUUAGAGCAUCCUUAUUGCUCUCCAUGUUUAGAAAGUGCUACCUUGCUUUUUAAAUGCAUCUAUCAUGUUUGCCCUUUUGAAUUGGAAAAAUAUGUUAUUGUGAUCAAGUGUGCAAUGUCAGCAUAUUGCAGAUCUGUGCCAUGCUAUUGUGCGAUUACAACAUUAUUUAUCACUUAUGACCUCUGUCCGUUCCGUCUCUACAGGGACCACCAGGGGCUAGGGGUGUGAAGGGGGAGGUGGGAAAGCCAGGGGGGCAGGUGAGUCUGAAUUACAACAUUCCCAUUUAAUAAACCGAACAGGAUAUUAUUCUGACUUUACCAGUCUCUCAUCAUUUGAUUCACUGUGCUGUUGUUUGCAUUAUGGUUUUCUUCUUUGAUCCCUCCACUUUCCUUCCGUCUCCUUCCCAAUAAUCUCCUUUACAUCCUCCCCUCCUCCAUCCUCAUCCCUGUGUUUCUGUAGGGUUUACCAGGUCCUCCUGGACCCAAAGGGAACGAAGGACCCCCAGGCCCCAAGGUGAGCUCAAUCUCAACCCUUAUUCAAACACAUCCUUGCCCAGUUCCACAAACCAUGCCUGGAGUUCAAGACUCCAAGUGUUUGUAUUAUUAGUGUACAGUGGGGAAAAAAAGUAUUUAGUCAGCCACCAAUUGUGCAAGUUCUCCCACUUAAAAAGAUGAGAGAGGCCUGUAAUUUUCAUCAUAGGUACACGUCAACUAUGACAGACAAAAUGAGAAGAAAAAAAUCCAGAAAAUCACAUUGUAGGAUUUUUUAUGAAUUUAUUUGCAAAUUAUGGUGGAAAAUAAGUAUUUGGUCAAUAACAAAAGUUUCUCAAUACUUAGUUAUAUACCCUUUGUUGGCAAUGACACAGGUCAAACGUUUUCUGUAAGUCUUCACAAGGUUUUCACACACUGUUGCUGGUAUUUUGGCCCAUUCCUCCAUGCAGAUCUCCUCUAGAGCAGUGAUGUUUUGGGGCUGUCGCUGGGCAACACAGACUUUCAACUCCCUCCAAAGAUUUUCUAUGGGGUUGAGAUCUGGAGACUGGCUAGGCCACUCCAGGACCUUGAAAUGCUUCUUACGAAGCCACUCCUUCGUUGCCUGGGCGGUGUGUUUGGGAUCAUUGUCAUGCUGAAAGACCCAGCCACGUUUCAUCUUCAAUGCCCUUGCUGAUGGAAGGAGGUUUUCACUCAAAAUCUCACGAUACAUGGCCCCAUUCAUUCUUUCCUUUACACGGAUCAGUCGUCCUGGUCCCUUUGCAGAAAAACAGCCCCAAAGCAUGAUGUUUCCACCCCCAUGCUUCAUAGUAGGUAUGGUGUUCUUUGGAUGCAACUCAGCAUUCUUUGUCCUCCAAACACGACGAGUUGAGUUUUUACCAAAAAGUUCUAUUUUGGUUUCAUCUGACCAUAUGACAUUCUCCCAAUCCUCUUCUGGAUCAUCCAAAUGCACUCUAGCAAACUUCAGACGGGCCUGGACAUGUACUGGCUUAAGUAGGGGGACACGUCUGGCACUGCAGGAUUUGAGUCCCUGGUGGCGUAGUGUGUUACUGAUGGUAGGCUUUGUUACUUUGGUCCCAGCUCUCUGCAGGUCAUUCACUAGGUCCCCCCGUGUGGUUCUGUGAUUUUUGCUCACCGUUCUUGUGAUCAUUUUGACCCCACGGGGUGAGAUCUUGUGUGGAGCCCCAGAUCGAGGGAGAUUAUCAGUGGUCUUGUAUGUCUUCCAUUUCCUAAUAAUUGCUCCCACAGUUGAUUUCUUCAAACCAAGCUGCAUAUCUAUUGCAGAUUCAGUCUUCCCAGCCUGGUGCAGGUCUACAAUUUUGUUUCUGGUGUCCUUUGACAGCUCUUUGGUCUUGGCCAUAGUGGAGUUUGGAGUGUGACUGUUUGAGGUUGUGGACAGGUGUAUUUUAUACUGAUAACAAGUUCAAACAGGUGCCAUUAAUACAGGUAACGAGUGGAGGACAGAGGAGCCUCUUAAAGAAGAAGUUACAGGUCUGUGAGAGCCAGAAAUCUUGCUUGUUUGUAGGUGACCAAAUACUUAUUUUCCACCAUAAUUUGCAAAUAAAUUCAUUAAAAAUCCUACAAUGUGAUUUUCUGGAUUUUUUUCCCUCAAUUUGUCUAUCAUAGUUGACGUGUACCGAUGAUGAAAAUUACAGGCCUCUCUCAUCUUUUUAAGUGGGAGAACUUGCACAAUUGGUGGCUGACUAAAUACUUUUUUUCCCCAUUGUAUAUGUAUCAGUCUGAAGCCAGCUCUGACCCUGACCUUUGCCUCCUCUUGGUGUUUUUCAGGGCAUCAGAGGAGUUGAGGGGAACAUGGGCGGACCAGGGAUUACUGGACCUAGGGUAAGAAUGGGAUGAAUGUAAAGCAGAGACAUACUUGUCAUUGUUUACUAGUGAUCUCUCUCUCUAUUCCUCCUCCCCUAAUCCACCCAUCUGUGUUUUCAGGGUUUCCAGGGUAUGCCAGGACACCCAGGGGUUGUUGGAGAGAGAGGACCUUUAGGGGGGGUGGGGCCUACAGUAAGUACUGAGGGACAAACGGAGCUUCAUGACCUGAGACUUUCGCAUCCAAUAUACUGUUGAAAACAACAAUAAUCCAUUACACAAUUUCAGUAUUCUCAACUCAUUAAGUGAUCAUCCAUUGUCUGAGGUGAAUCAAAUUGUAUUUGUAGCGAUAGUGGUUAUCAACUAGUUGAUCGUAGUUUCCCUUUCUAUUGACAGGGUCUUCCUGGGAAUAAGGGUGAAAGGGGAGAGAAGGUACGUUUUUAUAAUGCAAGUUUGUCUAUGUGCAAGAAAACGUGUUUGUGCUCUCUUGACCCGUUGAUUGACAGACAUGCUCUGUUUUAGGGAGAGCCUCAGUCCAUGGCAAUGAUCUUCCAGCUAGUCACACAGGCCUGUGAGCAACUGGUGCACAGUAAGUACUGCAAUGCUGUACUUGUGUUAAUGUAAGGUGAUGUUUGAGUGAGUGCACAUAGUUGUGUGUAUCUAUGUAGACUUAUUCAGGAUUGUUUUUCAGACGAGGUGCUGAAGCUGGAUUUGUUCUUGAAUGAGAUGAGCCGUAAGCCUGUGCCCAUUGAGGAACCAGUGGGUCCCCCAGGAGAGCCUGGUAUACCAGGGGGAAAGGGCCCACCAGGACAGAGGGGGAACCAGGGAAGACUGGGGACUAGAGGGGAACCAGGGAAGUCUGGAUACCCAGGAGAGCAGGGUGAGGCCUUUGGUUUUAGCCCUUCUCUAAAUCUACUCUUCCUUCUAAUGGUAUUGAUAAUUACUAGUGGUGGUAGUGUUAUAUUGUUGGUCUUAAGUGAUAAGUGUCUCUCAUCAGUGGUUCCUUCUUUCCUUCAGGACGUAGAGGUGCCCCUGGGGAGAAAGGCAGCUUAGGGCCCAAUGUCCAGGGACCACAGGGAAUCAAAGGAUUUGCAGGUACACUCAAAUCAAGAAAUGGUCUGAAAAGGUUCAUUGCUGCUGUCAACUUAGUGAUGAGGGUUUUUGUGAUUGUAUUUGUGCAGGUCUCCCAGGAGAGGCCAAGCUGGGCAGUCCCGGCCCUAGAGGAGAGGAUGGCCAGACGGGACCUCCAGGCAUCGCAGGAGCAGUCGGGCAGACAGGAGAGAUCGGUCCCCCUGGCGUCUGUGAUAGCAGUGGCUGUCAUAGAGGUGCUCAACCACAAGCAGGUAUAACAGCCAUAUCUAGGACCAUUUACAGUAAAUAUUUCCAUAUUUCAUAUAUUACCAUAAGUGCUUUGACCUCCAUGUGAUUUUAAUGUUUUGACUGCAUGUCAUUUUUCAGAGGACCCAUAUUUUGGAUACCAGCCUUGA